GGCAGCAUCAAAGCUCCGUUAUACCGUCGCGUGCAACAGCUUUACCGCGAAAAUCUUAUGUCACGUGACAAGAGAACUGCUGGAGACAGACCUGCAGAGGUUAUGAAUAAACAAAAUGGCUGCUCACACCUAUAUCGCUAUCUCUGAGCUGCAUCCCAACAUCUCUCAUUCAAAAGUGGCAGGCAUCAUCAUUGGAAAAACUGACGUCAAAAGCUUCCCUGACAGAAAAAAUAUUGGUAUGGACAGAUUUACCUUUGGCUUCACUGUUAAAGACUCUCCGGACUUCUUCAUCAACGUGAGCACUUGGGGAAAUGAUGCCUAUGUCAACGGGCUGGCCAGCAGCUUCAACAUUGGGGACUGUGUCACAAUUGAAAACCCUUUAGUUGCCACCAAAGACCUGGAGAAAGGAGAUCGAUUUUGUCCUGCAACACCGAGCCACUACAGGCUGCUGGUGACGGAGGCUCAUUCCCAGGUGUGUCUGUGUGCUGAUAUGGACACCAUUGACAGACUGCUGCCAUUGAUUCACCUGCCUGUUAAGGACUCCAGAGAUUUCUACUCUCUGGGAGACAUAGUGGCCAACGGGCAAAAGCUGGAUGGUUCAGUGAUAAAUAUACUUGCUGCUGUAAAAUCGAUCGGAGACAUAAAGCAGUUCACCACUUCAGACGGACGCAGAGGGCAGAGGCUGGAAGUGAGGCUCUUUGAUGACUCCGUCUCUUCCUUCCCCCUCGUCUGCUGGGACAGAGAAGCCAUUCAGCUCAUUCAACCUCUGAUACCCAGGGAGACAGUGCUCUUCAUAGCCGACGCGAAGAUCAGCUUUGACAGCUUUCGCAGCAGCAUGGUGGCAACCGUUAACUCGAAAAGCAUUAUCACUGUCAAUCCUGACACCCGAGAGGCCAGCCUGCUGUUCAGUUAUGCUAAAGAAGUGUCAGAGUCUGGAGCUCUGGAUCAAGAUGACAUGCCAGAGGAUGUCCCUGUAGAGUCCAUCACCGACGUUUACACAGUGAGCCAGCUGAUGCAGAAGGCCCAAGAGAAUCCCGAGGCUUUAUUUGGCAUCACAUAUAGUUUCAUCUCCAAGCUUGACCUCGACUCGUCUGUUUCAAAAGUCAUCAAGACACGGUGCUCGAAAUGCAAAUUCCUGGUGACUGAGGACUUGAACAGCUGCACCAACCAGUUAUGUCCAGGAAAGGAUCAGAUUGUUUCAGCCACUACAGGCUUUGAUCUCCUGGUGGACUUCACAGACCACACCGGCACUCUGCACGCCUGCAGCCUCAGGAGCCCAGUGGCAGAAAAGGCUCUGGGAUGCACAACAGAGGAGUUCAUCAGUUUGACUGAUGGUGAGAGGACUGCAAUGAAGUGGAAAUUUCUUUUGGAGAGAUGCAAAAUAUAUGUGAAGAUCAUUCCUUCUCCUAAGUUGAAGAGUGGAAUCAGGGGCAUGGUCCUGGACUGCUCGCUGGCAGAUCCAGGAGAGGUGAAGCAGCACAUGUCUGCCCUGCUGCAGCAGCGCCUGUGAUCAGCAUACUCACUCACGUGUUUGGUCUGUUUGGUCUUUGGACUCACAUGUUAACAACAGGCUUUCAUGCAUGUGCACUUUGAGUUUUAAUUAUUACCAAUUAUUUAUUAGGACUCCAGAUUAUUUAAUGUAUUUAUGUAAAAGUAUUUAUUUAUAAACAUGCUGCUAAGUUGUUUGACUUUAAAGCUGUUACACUAACUUCAUCAGCUCCAUGUUAAUGUGUUAUGUUUUACACUGCAACUUUUAUGUUCCAUUAUAUGAAAGCUAACGAGCAGUCUGGGUUUAAAACAUCUCCAAAUAUGCACAAGUUAGACAAUAAGCUGUGUUCUUCAUGUUCUUCAGUCAUUGGAGCCCCUAGAAGUGUGUGAUACAUACUUUUGAAGCAUUUUUAAAGAUUAGGUACUGCUCUGUUUAAAAAAUUAAGUCAAGUUGACACCAUUUAAUCUCUGAAUUUUAUGCAUUAGUUGAUGAAAAGGUUUUUCUGUUCUUCAGACCAAGAGUCAUAAAAAAUAUAAUGGAUUUUCUGGUCUUUUGUUUUCUUUUUUUUAGCCUUCAUUUGUCAAGUUUUCUAAAAAACUGCAAAACAAGGAAUCAAACCCCAAACUUGGUGCAUGAAUAUGCAGAAGAAAUAUUGCCAUACUUCUGCAAACCAGCAGAGGGCAGUACUGUUCUAUUACCAAUAAUCUGUACCCAACUCUCCAGUGAUCCAAAAGUGACUUUUAUUGAUUGGAUCAGUUUGUUGUCUCAGUGAUAUUAGUCAUCAAUGUGUUUAAUAAUUUCAACUCAUUUACACACCUCAUUUA